CGGACGGAGAAUCCCGCUCCGCAGCGGCCCAAUCGGCCCCGCCCCCGCGUGCGGAGACCCACGGGACGAACCAGUGGUCGCGCGGAGAAGUACGAGCAUUGCUACAGCUCGGAGACCCAUUGGGAUGGUUGCCGCUGCGGAGACCCAUUGGGAUGGUUGCCGCUGCUAGGUGGAUUGCAAAGCUCUCAGGGCCUUGUCUGGCACAAGCAUUGCAGAUGUAUCCAGACUUCAAAAUAAAGGUUGUUGGACAUUCACUGGGAGGUGGUACAGCUGCUCUGUUGACAUACGUUCUGAGGGAACAGAAGGAGUUUGCCUCUACUACUUGUCUGGCAUUUGCUCCAGCUGCAUGUAUGACAUGGAAACUGGCAGAGUCAGGAGUGCAUUUUAUCACUACAGUCAUCAACGGAGCUGAUCUGGUUCCAACAUUUUCUGCUGCGUUAGUAGACGAUCUUGGUUCAGAGGUUUCUUACUGAUAUUCCUGACUUUGUUAAUCCCAUAUUAUAAAGUGUGCUUUUUAGAAAUUUGUUAGU